GGAUUCUUUAGUGAAAAAAAAUAAAAAAUCGCCGAAGGAAGGAACAUUUACAGAAUCAACACUUGCACUUCUUCCCAUAUCUGCUUAUCAUUUUAAGCAAAACGUUAGCAUUCACAUGACAGACGAUAUUCAACCCGGUGUGGAGGAUAUCAGCCUUAGUAGAAAGCACUCAAUUGAACAUAACAAUGGUAACGAAGAGCAACAUCGAGCAAAGAGGGUAAAUGUAUCCAAUCCUGCAACAGAACAAGAUGAACAGAUAGCUGUAGUAUCAGAAAGGGAUGUUGGUAUCAUUGCUUAUGUCAAUCCAGAUCUCAAACCGAUAGAAGGAGGAAUCAUCAAACAGAGAUACUCUGACUUUCAUGUUAGAGAAGUUGCAAGAGGUGGACAAGUAUGUAGAAUCACUUCAUUACAACCACCAAAGGAAGAAGAAGGAGGUGGCACGCUAUAUGCACUUUAUAAGGAACAAGAAGCAGAGAAGAAUGACCAAAGUGGACAACUAAAACAAUCAAGAUUGGCCAAAGAAGAGGAAGAGAAAAAGGCAAGACAAUCACAGUACCAACAAGAAAAGCAGCAAGCAUCUGAGCAAACAUCUGGGUGGAAUGUAAAUGAAGAACAGAAUACGAAAUUGUUGGCACUACUAGGUGCUGAUGGUCUCGAAACCCUGAAAACACUCUGGACUCAAGGUGCAAAGCCCAAACAGGAAGGAAGGGAUGAUCGAUUCGUAAACAUGUUACCCUUAACGGACAAGCAGCAAAGAACAGAAGCACACCAGCUUGUACGAGAGGCUUUCAACAGUCUUCUUUUGACAGAGCACACAGAUGUAAAAGCAGAAGAUGGCACAAGUCAAAGUGCUAUUCGGAUACGAUGGGGAUCAGGUAGACCAGAACAGCGAAGAGCAGCAAAACAAGACAAACGAGAUAAACCCGACAAUGACAGGCUACCGCCUUACAUUCACUUUCUAAUGCAAAAGACAAAUAGAGAUAGUCAAGAUGCUCUCAAUAUUUUGGCUCGCUCUUUAGGCCUCAUGCAUGGUGGAGGUGGUGGUGGUAAGCCAGUUAAAGACAUCAGUGUUGCUGGUACAAAGGACAAACGUGGAGUAACAGUACAACAAGUUGCACUAAAAAGAGGACGCAGGACAUUGGAUGAUCUUUGGAGGAUGGCUAACGGAUUGCACAGAAACGUCGGAAGGGCAGACUUUCGAGGCAAAGGACAAGAAUUGAUCAAUGCUGUUUCUCGCAGAGGAGAUCGCGGAAUUCGUAUUGCCCAUCUUCGAUAUGCAGACGAUCAACUUCAUCUCGGGCAAUUGGAAGGAAAUGAAUUCGAAAUCGUCUUGCGCAAUGUCAAAGUGAAUGAACGAUCAACUGUUGAUGCUGCGAUGGAAGUGCUCAAGACGAGAGGUUUCAUCAAUUAUUAUGGAAUGCAAAGAUUCGGAACAUCUACAAUCUCCACACAUAAGAUCGGUAUAGCAUUGUUGAAAGGUGAUUACAAAGGCGCUGUUGAAUUGAUCAUGUCGCCAAGACAAGGUGAUCCAGAGAAUGCUCAACAAGCACGAGAGGCCUAUCAGCAAGGCAAGUUUGACGAAUUCCUCUCGCUGAUUCCUAACUUUUACGUUGGAGAACGCAGUAUCGUAUCACGUAUGAAAGCUGAUCGAUAUGCGUUUCCACAAGGUCAAAAUCCUUCCUCCUUGAGCAAUAUUGAUUGGAAAAAAUACUUUAGCGCUUUGCCACGCUCUCUUCGUACGAUGUACGUUCAUGCAUUCCAAUCGUAUAUCUGGAAUAGCCUUGCAUCAAAACGAGCACAAGACUUUGGUCUUCAAGCACCCAUUGUAGGCGACUAUGUCUGGCUGAAGGGAGAAGAGAGCUAUGUGGAAGUAGGCGCCGGCGAUGAAGAUGAGGAUGAAGAUGCCCGAUUGAAUGCAGUCGUAAACGGAACAGCAACUAGUAAUAGCUUUGGAAAGAAGCAAGUCAAAAUUAUAGAAGAUGAAGCGGAAUUGAGCAAAUAUACGAUUCAUGAUGUCAUGAUUCCAUCGCCAGGUAGUCAAGUACAAAUCCCACAAACGAGUUGGAUGUUUGAACCUUAUCAAAGGAUCUUACAAGAGGAAGGACUACGGGUUGAAGAUCUUGAGAAUGCGGGUAAACAAUCACCUGAACUUGCUUUGACGGGAGAUUAUAGAGCUCUGUUGCAUUUGCCAAAGAAUGUUUCUUAUGACCUGGUACGGUAUACGGACGCAAAUGUGAAUCUGGUUCAAUCGGAUGAAGAUAAAAUUUUGGGAUUGGAAGCGCCUCCAAAACCUGUCGGAUUUGAUGAACCAGUGGAUCCUGCCACACCUUCUUUUGUUGCCCUCAUCUUGCGUUUUACCCUCGGUGUUUCUGCAUAUGCCACCAUGGCCAUUCGUGAGAUUCUCAAACAGGAAACCAGCUCAAAUCAUCAACGUGAGUUGACUAUGCGUGGCGAAGAUCAAAUACGGAAAUAGACAGAACAUUUAUGUAUAAGAUAUGCGUUUGUGUAUUAGUAGUACAAUGUAUUAAUUCACCAUCAAUUUGCAUCCAG